CGAAACAAUAAUUCAAUAGAAAAGAAAAGAGGAGAGAAAGGGAAAAAAAGUUUUUGGUCUUCCUUUUUAUUUCUUUUCCCAUUUCUGUAAUUUACGCAAAUGUUAAAUCUGCCUCAAUCUCUAUCGAUGAACGGCCCUUUUGGGGGGCCCAGCGCGUCGAAUCCAACCGCCGCCGGAGCUCCGGCGAAUAAGGAUCGGAAAAUGGCAUCGGCGGAGCAUUUGGUUCUCGAUCUGAGCAACCCUGAUCUCCGAGAAAACGCUCUUCUCGAACUAUCCAAGAAGAGAGAAUUAUUUCAAGAUUUGGCUCCAUUGUUGUGGAAUUCUUUUGGUACUAUUGCUGCACUUUUACAGGAGAUAGUUUCAAUUUAUCCUGUUCUCUCACCACCAAAUCUAACUCCAGCUCAAUCAAAUCGAGUUUGUAAUGCCCUUGCUCUACUUCAGUGUGUAGCUUCUCAUCCAGACACAAGGAUGUUAUUCCUAAAUGCUCAUAUACCCUUGUAUCUAUAUCCUUUCCUUAAUACAACAAGUAAAUCAAGGCCUUUUGAGUACUUGAGGCUUACUAGCUUGGGUGUCAUUGGUGCCUUGGUGAAGGUUGAUGAUACAGAAGUUAUUAGCUUCCUUCUUUCAACAGAGAUAAUCCCGCUAUGCCUGCGCACAAUGGAGAUGGGUAGUGAACUGUCAAAAACAGUUGCCACUUUUAUAGUUCAGAAGAUUCUGUUAGAUGAUGUUGGCUUGGACUAUAUUUGCACUACUGCAGAGCGGUUUUUUGCAGUUGGUCGAGUUCUAGGAAAUAUGGUUGCUGCACUUGCUGAGCAACCAUCUUCACGGUUGUUAAAACAUAUUAUUCGAUGUUAUCUUCGAUUGUCAGAUAACCCAAGGGCUUGUGUUGCGUUAAGAAGUUGCCUUCCAGAUAUGUUACGAGAUGCAACCUUUAGUACUUGUCUUCGUGAAGAUCAAACCGCUAGGAGGUGGCUGCAGCAGUUGCUUCACAAUGUUGGGGUGAAUCGGAUGCCCGCUCUUCAGGCUGGUGGAGGAUUUGAUCACAUGCUGGUUAACUGAAAAUCUUACAAUUUUCUUUCAGUCCCGGUCCCAUCGUUUCCAAUUUCAAGGCUGGUUUCAGCUGGCAGGGAGACAUCUUUUACGUUAUUAUCUAACUAGUUUUUUUCUCUUUUUUUUUUUUUUUUUUUUUUUAAUUUAUGUACGAUAAUUGAAUUAGCUGUUGUAAUUAGUGAUUUGUCCUUGAAAGAAAUGCAGUAGUAGGAGACUGAGGCUUGGUCUAAGGUGGAGGAGCAAAGCUGGUCAGACCAUGCUGAGUUGUGCACAUUUAUUUAACUAAUUUUCAUGUAUAAUGAAAUAAUGAUCAGGCUGCUGAUUGGAAUCGUGGCUUGCUUGAUAAUAGCCCUAGCCUUAUAUGUAUCAGUGAUUUAUUUUAAGGGAACUUGUAAAGAAAAUAUGAUUGGGAAAUGCCAAUUAUGGUAUGGUAACUUUCAUUUUGUUGAAAAGUGAAAGGCAAAUUGUAUAUUCUAUGGUUUUUUAUACGCUGCUUUGU